GUACCUGCUGGAACUCGCCAUUCGCAUUCAGACACUGAAACUGUCGGCAGGGAGAGGGAGAGGAAGGACUAUAAGACAAAAGGACUCGCAGAGGAGUACUUUUGGUGACUUUUAUUAUAGGUUUUGUGUUUUUAACUUUGAGAGGAGGACUGACACGAGGCUGUACACAAAUGGGGACCGCCUGGCUCGCGGUUUGGACGGUUUUGGUCAUUUUACAGGCUUCGUCUCUGCUGGCAGCAGAGGAAUCAUGUGUUUCUGGAUUUAAGUCGGAUGUGUUGUUGUUCGAAGUGAGGAGCAGGCACCUGAGGCAGGGCACGAGACUGGGCAGAGUGGGGUUUUCUGACUGCACAGACCGCACAAGGUUUCUUUUCAGUACUGAUGACAGCCGCUUCAUGGUGCAGACGGACGGCAUAUUAAUUGUAAAGAGACCAGUUACUCUUCAUGAGGGACACCGGGACUUCUUCAUCCACUCAUGGGACUCACAGGGUCAUAAAAUGACUGUUCCUGUCAUGGUGCUGCAUCGUGAGYGUCACCAUAACCAUCACCAUGAAGCUCACAAACAUCACAACCAGCAGCACAAUCUGACCAUGAACACUGAGAGUUCAGAAGAUUCACAGGUGCCCAUCUUGACUUUUGGCAAGUCAACUGAAGGGUUGAAAAGGAGGAAGAGGGCCUGGAUCAUUCCUCCCCUCAGUGUUUCUGAGAACCACAGAGGACCCUAUCCCCUGAAAAUCGCUCAGAUCCGUUCUGAUGAAGACAAAACAAAAAAGAUCUAUUACAGCAUCACUGGUCCAGGAGCUGAUCAGCCUCCUGUUAAUCUUUUUACUAUGAACAGAGAUUAUGGAAAUCUCUAUGUCACUCAAGUACUAGACAGAGAGAAACAAGCUGAAUAUAGGCUUCAAGCACAUGCUGUGGUAGAUGGUUCAGGAGAUGCUGAAAAACCUAUGGAAAUUAUAGUGAAUGUAAUUGACCAAAAUGACAACAAACCUAUUUUUGAGAAGUCCUCCUACAUUGCUGAAGUUCCUGAGGCCUCCAAAAAAGGUGCUGAUGUGAUUCAAGUCGUGGCAACAGAUGCUGAUGAACCCAACACGGACAACUCUGAUAUCCGCUACCGUAUUAAGAGCCAGAGCCCUGAGAGACCUGACAAAAACAUGUUUUCUAUUAACCCUGUCACUGGAGUCAUCAUGGUGAAUGAUCCACGGCUGGACCGAGAGAUUGAUCCUCAGUAUGAACUGAUCGUUACUGUAGCAGACCUUCAGGGUGAAGGUUUGAGUGGGGAAACAAAAGUAAUAAUCAAGGUGAUAGACAGCAACGACCAUGCUCCAGUCUUCACAGAGAUGUCUUACACGGCAUCAGUUGAAGAAAAUAAAGUAAACGCUGUAGUUGUUCGAAUGUCAGUGACAGACGGUGAUGACCCACACACUCCAGCCUGGAACGCCAAGUUCAAGAUUGUUGAUGGAGAUCCUGGAAACCUUUUCAAUGUAACAACAGGAAGUAACAAACAAGAAGGAAUCAUUACUACUGUCCAGGGUCUUGACUUUGAAAAAGUCAGCAAACACACUCUGCUGGUUGCAGCGGUGAAUGACAUUGAGUUUGCUGUUCCUCUGACCACUUAUACAGCUACAGUAAUAAUAAAUGUGCAGGACGUCAAUGAACCUCCAAUCUUUGAUCCAAAAGAAGUGUCUCUGUCCAAAAGUGAGGACGUUGCAGUUGGCAGUGAGCUGAUGGUUUACACUGCUUCUGAUCCAGACACGGCACGCAAACAGAAAGUCAUGUAUAAAAUAUUGCGUGAUCCAGCAGGCUGGCUGGAAGUACAGAAGGACACAGGGUUGAUUAAAGUGAAAAGUGAAAUGGACCGGGAGUCCCCCUUGGUCCAGGACAACAAAUACACAGCUCUUAUUGGCGCUUAUGAUGACGAUCAAGUCCCUGCCACAGGAACUGGAACUCUUUUCAUUACACUUCAGGACGUCAACGACAACGCUCCAACCAUCGAGGAACGGGAGUUCACGAUAUGUAACAAGAACCCAGUUCCUCAGCUGCUCUCUGUAACAGAUAAAGAUGGACCAGGCUUCACUUCUCCAUACAGCGUCACUUUAGGGGACACUGCAAAAUCUAACUGGACUGCUAAAAUGAACGGCACCAGAACGGGCAUCAUCCUGAAUUUAAAAACAGAACUUGAGCGUGGAGUGUACUCUGUGGCUUUGAUUGUUGCAGACAGCCAGGGUUAUGGUCAGACCAACACAAUCACAGCCACAGUUUGUGACUGCAGUGGAGACGACAAUAUGUGUGAUCGUGCUCCUGUUGUUGCUGGCAGUAAUCUGCCGGUCAUCCUGGGAAUACUUGGUGCUAUCCUGCUGCUGCUAAUGGUGGUGUUGCUGUUGCUGUUCGCGAGGAAGGGUAAACAAAAGAAAGGACCUCCUCUACUGCAAGAUGACGACGACGACACCAGAGACAACAUAUACAACUAUGCUGAAGAGGGAGGUGGAGAGGAGGAUCAGGAGUAUAAUCUGGGUACUCUCCAUCUUGGUCUGGACAACCGACCCAUGGUGAUCAGGGAUGACGUAGCUCCAAUGUUUAUGCCAGCUCCUCAGUACAAGCCUCGACCUGCCAACCCAGAUGACAUUGGCAACUUUAUUGUUGAUAACUUGAAGGCAGCCGACAACGACCCCACGGCCCCGCCCUACGACUCCUUGUUGGUGUUUGACUACGAGGGAGGAGGCUCUGAGGCAGGAAGUCUCUCCUCUCUGAACUCAUCCAAGAGUGGGGAUCAGGACUACAACUGUCUCAACGAAUGGGGACCCCGCUUCAAGAAACUGGCGGACAUGUACGGAGGAGGAGAGGAUGAUGAUAUGUUGUAGACAAACCACAAAAAGAAGUGCUGUGAAGAAAAGUCUGUAUAUUGAGUCUAUUAAGAAAAUCCCAGAGACAAAUUUCAGCGAGACGAAUGUUUGGUUUUUCUUUAGAUCAGUCCCACMGGUAGUAAACAGCCACAGCUCAGAAGCCAAAAGGAUUUUAUUUACUUCUUUUUUAUGUUUAGGCUGAAGGCUUUAGCUUUGUUUUACUGCAAUGCAUUGCCACUGUGCAAAAACGUCAUCUGCUUUGUUUCCUGCUGCAGUUGUAUCAUUUGUAUAAAAUGGGAAAAACAUAACUUUUAGUACUUUUUGACAUUUGUACUACUUUUUUACCUAUGAUUUUUUUUCCCUGUUAAGGAUUUAGUGAAUAUUUAGAUAAUGCAGAUAACCAGCCAAUGUUAUGUCACCCUUUGUCAUUGGCUGGCUGAUGAGUUAUUAAAUGUUUUAUUACAGUAUGUUUAGCUUCUGUUAAACCAUGUACUCUGUCAACAACCCUUUACUACAUGUUUGUUUUAAAUCUGACUUUUUUUAAACUACAAAGUUUUCUUAAGCUGUAUUUUUAGUUUAAA